GCUAUCCUCUUGAGAAGCAAUUUCAAAGUGCAUGUAUUCUUGCUAAAUUCAAAGAGGUACAAGAGGAAUUGCGAGGAUUUCUAUAUUUGACUACUAAGGAGAUGGGGUGUGAGGAAGGUAGAUAUAUGUUCGUUGUUGUGGAUGAGGUUUAAGUUGGUAAUGACUUAUUAAAACGUGUAACCUUUAAUGUGGAAGUUGAUCAAGAUCCACUUGAUGUGAAAUGCAGUUGUAAGUUAUUUGAGUUUAAGGGUAUUUUGUGUAGACACGCUCUCCGUGUCUUAACUCAAAUGGGCCAACAUACAGUACUAUCAAAAUACAUCUUGGAUCGGUGGAGGAAAGAUAUUAAGCGAAAAUACACCUUUGUGAAAAGUAAUUAUGACACUACUAGCAUCGACGAUGCACGAAGGUAUGAUAGGAUCCAAAAUCGUUUCAAUGAACUGUGUUCCAAUGCUUCAAAGGCUGAGAGCAGUUGUGUUAAAUUAAUUAGUCAGAUAGAACAGUUGAAGACACAGUACCCUGGUAUCGCUGAUCAUGAUACUAGCAACAUAGUUGAUACAGCUCCUUCGACGGAGGCUUCAACCCCUAGAGUUCUUAGUCCUUUUGUAGUUCGGAGUAAGGGAAGACCACCGUCUAAGAGAAAAGUGCACCCCGCUGAGAAGAGUAUUAAGAAAUCCAGUACGAAAAGGCAAUUGCACAACAACCAAGCUGAGGAUCAACAAAGUCAAGUUUGGACACAUGCGCCGGAAUUUUUUUCAACUCCUUCGACUGCUCAUCACUCACAGGACAACAUUACAGAGGCUUUCCAUCAAGACUUCAGUGCUUUUUGAUUGGUAGAUACCAGGGGAGAUGAGAUC